AGUGCAAGUGUGGCCAACUCGCUUAACUCUGCGUCGACGGCAGCAGAAGUGCACUUUCAACGAAAUAAGUUGAAGCAUUUGCGUUGCGGUGUGUAGAAAACGAAUAAGAAGAAGCAGCAGCAGCAACAACAAUUGCAAUUUGGGUGCAAUACUAACGGGACUUGUGCUUGGUGUAAAACAAAAAGUGAAGAAGAAAAGUACCACGCCGAUAUGGCUGAUCCCGAGAAACAAAGCUUGAUCAACAAAGACGAGCCCACCUCGGCCUCUUACCCAUCCUUUCCAAAUGAGGGCACCGAAAAUCCAGGCAGCAGCGUUGCUGCCAAUAACGACGACGGCAGCACGGCACAAUCGGUGCCUUUCAUUGGACCCGAUGAGCUACCGCCGCCGUAUCAGAGCAGUGGCACUGGCGGCGUCCCCAUGGUCACCUGUCGCGUCUGUCAAAACAUGAUUGACAUAACCGCGAAGAGAGAGCAACACGUGGUCAAGUGCACCCACUGCAAUGAGGCAACUCCCAUAAGGAAUGCACCACCCGGCAAGAAGUAUGUGCGCUGUCCUUGCAAUUGUCUCUUAAUCUGUAAGAGCUCAUCGCAGCGCAUAGCUUGUCCACGUCCCAAUUGCAAGCGUAUUAUCAAUUUGGCUCCAAGUCCAGUGACACCGCCCGUGCCAACUAUGCCGGGAAUGUGCCGCGUCACCUGUGGCCACUGCUCCGACACGUUUUUGUUUAAUACCUAUAACAACGCACUGGCUCGCUGUCCACACUGCAGGAAAGUGUCUUCGGUGGGUUCCCGUUUCGCCAAUAGUCGUGGCGUUCUGUUUGCCAUUGUUGCAUUGCUCUUCCUCAUUGGCAGCAUUGCCCUCACCGUGGGCACGUACUCAUAUGCAAAUGAUCAUGGCGGCAUGUAUUUCGUGUACGUUGUAAUGUUCUUUAUUGCGAUGCUCACGUCGGCCCGUUCCGUUUAUUAUUUCAGGCUUAAAGUAAGCGCGAUCGAUGGACCCAUGUAAAAUUCGCGGCGCGUCGGUUAAUAUGAAAGUGCAUUGUUUUAUUUUUAUAAAUAAAUAUAUAUAUACUUAUAUAUAUAUACAUAUAUAUAUAUAUAUAAAUAUAUGUAUAAAUAUAUAUAUAUUUUGCAUAUAUAUCAUUCCUUUUGAUAUUAAACCCGUUUAUCAGAAAACAAAAAGCAAACAGCAAAUAGAACACAGCAAAUAUAUAAGGGCAAACAUUUCUCAACAUUUUCAUAUGCAGGGCCGCCAGCAGAUUCUUCUCAAAAAAUUAAAUAUAAAAGAAACAUCAGCAAAAGCAACAAAAGUAGUUUUGUCGCGCAUCUUACAAGAGUUAUUCGUGUUGAAUUAAUAUUAAACUUAGCUAAAUCGUCAGCAAGUAACUCUCCCAUUUAAAGUGAUUUUUAAAAAAGCAUAAUUAAGACUAAAAUCUAAUUACAAAUUUAACAA